AAAAGGUCCUAUGUUCCAUCCAUUUCAGCAACUCUCAUUGGUUGAAUCAAUACUCUCAUAUUUUUUAUACUGGCACACAGGCCAGGUCCAUUUCCUUAUUAUAGUGCAGCGGAGACACUAUACUGGAUGGGGAUUCCGAAUGUCCUAGUAUUAACUAGGUAAUGAGUCAUGACCAACCAGAAGUCAUUUUAUUAUUGUGUGACAUGGAUAGCCUUAUUUCAUCGGAGACCUAGAGUAGAAAACACCUGUCUAUGCAAGCGGAUAAUUGCCUUGAAUUAAGCACCAUGGUAUUUAUUGUAGCCAACUGCUCAGAUCUGAGCUUUAAAAUCCAUUCUCUUUCCGUGAUUUGGAUGAGAAGACAAUGAUCAAGUUUCCCUCGAUUGUGUGAUCAAGAAUAACUUCAUCCAUUGCAAAUAUAUCUAUCUAUCAUCAGGGGUCGAACCAUGAUGGCGCUUGAAUCAGGACAAGAGAUAAUUCGCUCCCGACUCGGUAAAUUGUUGGGAUGGGUUCGGUUGGUUGUCAUAUGCCUUACCUUCUUCAUCGACAUCGGCAGUAUGGGAAUGUGUACGAUCGCUCUGCCCACCAUCCAGAAGGACUUGGGAUUCACUCAGGAGACCUUACAAUGGGUCCUGACUGCCUACUCUCUGACUUACGGUGGUUUCCUCAUGGUCGGAGGACGCCUGGGAGAUAUUUUUGGCCAAGUAACGACAUUUCAAAUCGCCAUGUUCUUCUUCAAUGUUUUCGCCUUGACAUGUGCGCUCAGUCCGAAUCAGGUUGGCUUGGUAGUGGCGAGGGCUUUGCAGGGCGUGGCCGCCGCAUGCACCAUCCCGUCAGCACAAGCUCUCGUCGCGCAGAUCUUUACCGACCCAAAACGUCAAGCCCUGGCUCUCAGCGGGUGGGGAGCGAGCGGCUCCUUGGGAUUUGUUCUGGGACCCAUUAUCGGUGGUCUCUUCUCGUCGUUAGUAAACUGGCGCUGGAUAUUCUGGUUCACUUUAAUCGUCGAAGGAACCCUAUUGGUAUUAUCCGUCUUCCUCUUUCGUCAGCCAAAAUCAGAAUCCCGGAAUACCUCUUCGCUAGCAGAAAUAGUUCGACGUCUGGAUCCUUGGGGAACAGUAUCCUCCAUUGCGGGUCUGAUCCUCUUGGUUUUCAGCUUGACAUCAGGAAACCAGUAUGGUUGGAGCAGCGCGACGACUUUGGCGCCCCUGAUUAUCGCAGUGGUCCUUCUGGUUGUUUUUGUUGUAGUGGAGAUCAAGGUGUCAACAUUCCCCCUUGUUCCCAGAAGCCUACAGUCUAGCAAUACCCUGCAACUUAGUUGUGCCAUGGCAGCAUUGACCUAUGGCGUGUGGCAAGGAGCAAAUUACGUCCUGACGCUUGAGCUUCAAGAUCUUGGAUUUUCAUCUCUUCAAACCGCCAUCCGUUUUCUUCCUCUCGGCGGUACGGCUCUCCUAGUGAACAUGAUCGUCCCACAUCUCCUCCAACCCGUCGGCACCCGCUUGCUUCUAGUUAUAGCCUGGAUUCUCGCCCUGGCCGGAGUACUGCUUCUAGUCUUUAUCGACAAGAAAUCAGACUACUGGCGCUUCUGCUUCCCAGGCAUGAUCCUGUACAUCGCGGGCGUUGGCACAGUUUAUUUUGUUUCAAUGGUCAUGGCGAUCGUGUCGAUGCCCAAGGAGCAUCAUGGAUCCGUAGCAGGGGUUUAUAAUAUGGUAUUGAAUAUUGGAGGCGCCGUCCUCGGUACCGCCGUGAUGACGGUCAUAAUUGAUUCCGUCGAGGCCAACCACGGUGGUGAAAAGAGUCAUGCCGCCCACAUGGACGGGUAUCAUGCAGCCCUGUACACGACGGUUGGGUUUUCCGGUUUGGGAGUUUUGAUUGCGGUGGUUAUGUAUUUCUUGUUGUCUCGAAAGAAAGAAGACGGUAGCGACAAGGAAGAGCCGGGUGAGAGGGUUGAUAUUGAUACCAAAGCUGAACCGCAAUCAUCUUCUGACUGUACCGAUGCAGAUCCUUAAAGUUAGUCUACUUUGUUGGAGCAUCAUAAGUGAUUUAUUUGGAGAGAGCUUUUUUUUGGUUGGUUACUUUUUUGUGUGGUCAACUUUUGUCAAGCAGGGAUGCAAAUAUUAGACUGGGGGUAGUACUCCGUACUAUGCCCGUUUCGAGCCAUGAAAAAAUGGAAUAUAUCCAUCUUUGAAAUUGAGUCCCAAAUAUGGAGAAAUUCGAAGAAAUUGCC